AUGGCCCAGACUGUCCUCAUCACCGGUGCUUCAGGCUUCAUUGCCGCCCACGUCAUUGAGCUUUCCUCAAAAAGGGAUACAAUAUUCGCGGAACUCAUUGCUAUUGUUCCCGACAUUGCUGCCCCCAAUGCAUUUGACGAGGCUGUCAAGGGAGUUGACGGUGCAAGUAGACUUACCAACGUCAUUCACACAGCCUCUCCUGUCAUCUUCAAUGCCACCGACUUUGACACCGAGCUUUUGCAGCCUGCCAUCAGCGGCACCACCGGUAUCCUAGAGGCUGUCCAAAAAUACAACUCGGCUGUCUCCAGAAUUAUCAUUACAUCUUCUUCGCCUCGGUCUUGGACCCCACACAGGGCCAACGCCCCGGAUAUGUCUUACGCAGAGGCCAACUGGAAUCCUUUGACUAUCGAGCAGGCCAACAGCAGCCCCAAGAAGAAGCCCAACUUUACUGUGGCAACUCUCUGCCCUCCCAUGGUCUACGGACCGGUCGCUCACGCUGUCAGCGGCGUUAAUGCGCUCAAUACCUCUGCAGGAGAUAUCUACAGACUUAUAAAACGGCUCGGAGAAGGCUGUUCCCGAUACUUCUUUCUGGGCAUUCGCCGAUUCGCUGAAGCUCACGUUCUGGCCUUCGAGAAGCCACAGGCCGCCGGCCAGCGAUACCUAAUUGCCAACUCCGCAUACAGCUACCAGCUGAUUUGCGACAUCAUCCGCGACAAGUUCCCUGAGCUGCAGAACAAGACGCCCAAGGGCGACACCGGAGCUGCUCUUCCACCCGUCUACAAGGUCGACACUACCAAGGCUGUCACUGAGCUGGGUAUCAAGUUCAGGCCCCUGCAGGACACUAUCGUGGAUAUGGUUAACAGCUUGUUGGCGCUUCAGAAGUAG